GUAUUUACGUGUCACCUUUUUUAUCAGGCUUAGUUUGUACAGAUGGUGUCAAAUAAUUGACGUUUUGACGUUGUCCGCGCUCUAUUGUUUCUAUGUAAUGCUACGUGGAGUUAUAAACAUAUGCUUUCGUCUAAAAUACAAUAUUAUUACAUAUUUUAACAGAAAAAAUAUGUAAUAAUAGUAUUAAAGAAACAUAAAUUGGAAAAAGAAAAAGAAUUUUUACUUGACAAUAUUUUUUAUUAAUAAAUAUCUUUGGAAUGGAGCUCAAAUGUAAAGUACAAACUUACGACUGGGGAAGAUAUGGUAUUGACAGUAUUGUUGCAACCUUAAUAAAAUCUUCUAAUUCAGAUUUUGUACUGGAUGAAAAGAGACCAUAUGCUGAACUGUGGAUAGGUACUCAUCCCAAUGGUCCUUCAUAUAUGAAAGAUUUGAAUAUAUCUUUGGAAGAAUACAUAAAACAGAAUACUAAUGUGUUAGGAAAUGAUGCUCAAAAAGUAUUUGGUCAUCAUUUGCCAUUUCUUUUUAAAGUGUUAUCUGUGAAUAAAGCAUUAUCUAUCCAAGCACAUCCAGAUAAGGAAAAAGCAAGAAAACUGAAUCAACAAUAUCCCACUAUUUACAAAGAUGCAAAUCAUAAACCAGAACUUGCAAUAGCAUUAACGCCUUUUGAGGCUCUUUGUGGCUUCCGUCCAAUCAGGGAGAUACAAGAAUUUUUAAAAAUUUUACCCGAAUUACGUGCUGUAAUAGGAGAAGAUAAAGUACUUAAAUUUAUGACAACAGGUGAAGCAGACAAUACAAAAUCUUUGAAAACAUGUUUUCAUAGUCUCAUGACCUGUGAUCCUGGAUUAAUUGCAUUGCAACUUAGAAAAUUACUUGACAGACUAUCCAAUUUGGAUGAAUCAUUAAGACAAACUUUACAUGCUAGUUUACUGGAAAGACUGUAUUCAGAUUAUCCAGGAGAUGUAGGAUGUUUUGGCAUUUAUUUUUUUAAUUUUAUAACUAUGCAGCCUGGUGAGGCUAUAUAUCUUGGACCAAAUGAACCACAUGCAUAUCUUUCUGGUGAUUGUGUGGAAUGUAUGGCAUGCUCUGAUAAUGUGGUGCGUGCAGGAUUGACUCCUAAACUAAAAGAUGUGCCAACAUUAGUUGAUAUGUUAAGAUAUAUUUGUGAACCAAUUUCUGCAAAAAGAUUUCAACCUUCUCGAGAGGACGAAUGUACCGAAGUAUUUCGUCCACCUGUAGUAGAUUUUGCUGUUGCUAAAAUAACAAUUCCUCUUGGAAGAGCUUCGUAUAAUAUAAUUCCAAGAAGUACAGUGAGCGUUUUAAUAAUCAUAAAUGGAAAGGGUGAAAUUUCACCGUCGAAGAUUCUUUAUCGGGGUUCAGUUGUAUUUAUUCCAGCGGAUGAAAAAAUUGGAAUUAAAGUUUUAUGUGGAUGUCAUCCAAUGUUGAUGUUUCAAGCCUUCGUUAAUGUUUAAAGAAUUAUCGGAUACUUAGAAAGAAAUGUGAUGAAAGGAAAUGAUAAAUUUGCACGCACAAAGUAUUAAUGCACUUUUGGAUGCUUCUUAGUUGAAAACUAAAACUGUUGAUCUUCAAAUUUUAUCGAUAGUUAUGAGCAGUUGAAAGAUUUAAAAAAUUAUUGAACAUUGUUCUCAAUAUCAUUCUUCUUAAUAGAAAUGUGUUUUUCAGAGUAAAGCAUUUCAUAGUUUAUAUUAAAUGCUAGAAAAUAGAGUUAAUGUCUGAAUAUGAUGCUUUCAUUACUAUACUAUGAAUGCAUAAAACUAGGGACAUCUUUAUUGGAAGCAUUUAUUAUUUAUAAUUCCUGCCAUGAUAUGUAUUAUAAUGCAUUUUAACUAUUAAGUGAUAUUUUUCGUAUUAAGUACUAUUUUUAUAGAUAAAGAAAAUUGUUACCUCACUUUUUUCGAAUUGAAGAAAGGUAUACCAAUUUAUACAGUAACGUAGCUAAAUAUUAUUUUUUUAUUUUAAAGCACAUAUUUUAUAAUUGCAUUAUUUACGACAAUGUAGUAAAUAUAACUAUACUAUCCAUUCCAAUAACAGAAGGCUAUGUGCAAUCAACUCUAGUCAGUUUAUGUCAACUAGUAUUUUCUUAUUCUUAUUACAUACAUAAGUUUGUUUUGCUUGUAUACUAUGUAAAAUACACACAUUUAAACAACUAAACCAUCAGUGAAAUCAACAUUUAAUAAUUAUCAUUGUAUAAUGCC